AUGCAUGCACAUGCAAACACGGCUCGAUCACUAGAUACUGGGCACAUUGAUACAGAGAAUCGUGAAAAUAGGGAGCGUGUUGACUAUUCCACCACACACAAUUUGAAUUCACACAAUAGUGAGCAUAGUUCAAAUAUUCACUUUCAAGAUCACAUUCAAGAAGAUCACUUUCAAGAUCACACUCAAGAUCACAUUCAAUAUCACACCCAAGAUCACAUUCAAUAUCACACCCAAGAAGAUCACAUUCAAUAUCACAUUCAAGAUGUUGAAUCAGAAGCAGGGGAAGUAGUGGGGGAACAAAGUGGAGAGGAAAGUGGAGAUGAUAGUGAAGGGCCACGACAGACGAAUACAGAACAACGACACGAUGACAAUGGUUCUAAUAAAGAACAGCCUUCAUCCGAUCGUGGCAAUGACGAUUGUUCUGAUAAAGAACAGCCUUCAUCCGAGCGUGGCGAUGACGAUUGUGAAGAAGACCUGGAUCUGGAUCUAGAAGACAGUGAAGAACUGUUUGAUCCGUUUGCUGACAUGGGAACCGAGCCUGCUACGAUGACACUGUAA